UCGUUGGGUUCCAUUUCAGUAAAAUGGAAGACUCGGAGCCUGGAAAACCAGACAAGAAGAGGCCUCACUUGAGUUCUGUCUCUCCAACCAUGGCUCGUAAUUCCCCCGCUUCUCCUCCCUUGAGCAAAAACCUGGCCUUUACCACAAGUUGAUCUCAGUGCCUUCUGCAUAAUCGAAAGGGUCUUUCCUGGUCUUACCAUUAUGAGUGUCAAGAACUGUCUUCGGCCAGUGCUAUUGUGUGAAUGGUCUAUUUGAAAGAGGAUUUCAGCCAGAAACUUCACUUGAGAGGAAAUAUUACAGCUAUCAUGAUCAGAGGCCUUUCAUCUACUCAAAUAAUUUUGAUAUAAGUUCUGUGUUUUGUGUGGUUAAGGUUCGGUAUAAAUGUGUGGCAGAGAGAUUGAUAAAGAAUGAAAGUAUUUUGUUAUGCAUCUUCACACCAAAACGUUUGCACAGACUCAAAACAAUGGCGUGUAUGCUUUGCGUGGUAGCUCAUCACUUUCAGUUGAUGCAGCAGUGCUCCAGCAUCAGAAUCAAAAGCUUGUUCAGCAAUUGGAGCUUCAGAAGCAAGAGUUGCAUGAUCUUGAAACCAAAAUUAGAGAACUACAAGACAAUCAAAUGGCUUAUGAUGACAUGCUGAUUAUUGUCAAUCAACUUUGGAAUCAGUUGGUUGAUGAUUUGAUCUUGCUUGGGGUUCGUGUUGGGGCUGGUCGAAAUGUGAUGCGAAACUUAGAUCACAAGGACCAUUAUCAAGGUUCAAUUCCAUCAUGCGCUGCAGAGCAGAUGUUUCUUUGUAGACUGCUAGAAGCUGAUUCUAUUGAAAUUGCUGAUAAUGAGGAGAUUGUUAAAUAUGUUGGAGAGGCCCUUGCUUCACGCCAUUCAUCUACGAGGGGCUUGGUGAAAUGUCUGGAAGAUACUAUUUCUGUUCAGAGGGCAAAAACUGAGAACAUAGCUGAGGCUUUACGUGGAGAGCUAUCUGGAGAAGGUGUUAUCUUUCGGCUGUCUAAGAUUGAUUUUAUGAUGGAAGAGGAGGCAAAAAAUUUGCGAGAGAUGAUUGAUAAUCUUCACCUGAAGCAUAAAGAAUAUGCUGAUGGAAUCCAGGCUUACAUAACCCGCGAUUCAGUUGAUCAGUCUGAGAUUAAACGGCUUGCAGGUCAAUUGGAAGAGAGCAUGGCUGAACUUGAAGAAAGUAGAAGAAAGUUGAUCAACCUGAAAAUGCAGAAGGAUGCAGCAUCUGCGGUGCAUUCACCUACUCCAAUUGCCGGAAAUGGAAAUUUAUCUCCUGAAAAACCUAUUGAUAAGACAAGCUUGCGGGAGUUGAAAGAAGCUAUUGAAGAAACAAAGAUACUAGCAGCAGAUCGUCUCUCUGAGCUUCAGGAAGCCCAAGAUUACAAUCUAGUCCUGUCCAACCAGUUGCAGGAUCUUCAGAAUGAAAUCUAUAGUGACAAGUAUGUGGAAUGUUCACGGCUGUAUAAUCUGCUCGUUGAUAAGCUCCAAAAUGCUGAUGCUGAACUUGAAAGAUAUCGUACUCUAACUGAUUCACUUGAGGCUGACAGGCCCCAUGUUAUGCGAAGGGAGAAAGAACUGAAUCUAAAAGCUGAGUCUUCAGAUGCUGCUAGGAAAGUUGUUGACAAUCCUGAGUCUAGAAUUCAAGAGCUAGAGCUUCAGCUGCAGAGAUGUAUGCUUGAAAGAAACGAGCUAGAGAUUAGAAUGGAGGAAGCUAUUCAAGAUUCAGGGAGGAAGGAUAUUAAAACAGAGUUCCAAAUCAUGGCCUCAGCAUUGUCCAAGGAAAUGGGGAUGAUGGAAUCCCAGGUGAAGCGAUGGAAGGAUACAGCACAUGAAGCAGUUGCCUUGCGUGAAGAAGCCCAGUCAAUUGAAGCUUUGUUAAGAAACAAGAUGAAUGAAAAGAACCGAUUAGAAGAAGAAUGUGCAGCACAGGAUCUGGAAAUCAAACUCCUGAAUGCUCAGAUUGAGAAGUUGCAGAAGGAGAACUUGGAAACACAGAUGAUGGUAGACAUGUACGCCCGUGGUGGUGAUGAUAACAGAGAUGUGAUGGAAAUAAGAGAAUCAGAACGGCGAGCGCAUUUACAAGCUGAAGUCUUGAAAAAUGCGCUCGACGAACAUAGCUUGGAAUUGAGAGUGAAAGCUGCUAAUGAGACUGAAGCUGCUUGCCAAAACAGGCUUUCUGCUGCUGAGGCUGAAAUAGCUCAACUAAGGGCUGAACUGGAAGCUUCUCAGAGGGGCGUAUUAGAACUUACAGAGGCUAUUAAAUAUAAAGAGAGGGAGUCGGAGGCAUACAUAUCUGAAAUUGAGACCAUUGGACAAGCAUAUGAAGACAUGCAGACACAGAACCAAAGACUGUUGGAGCAGGUGGCAGAUAGGGAUCAGUACAAUAUCAAGCUUGUUUCUGAGAGUGUCAAGACGAAGCAAGCGCAGAGCUCUCUACUAUCUGAGAAACAAGCUUUGGCAAAGCAACUUCAACAAAUUAAUGCAUCUGCAGAAGCACUAAAAGCAAGGAUUGCCCAUGAUGAGGAGCAGAUGAAAGCUUGUUUAGCAGAGGGUUUUAAAUUUAUUCAAGAAGACAGACAUCUAGCAAUCAGCCUUGAAACUGCGAAAUGGGAUUUGGCAGAUGCUGAGAAGGAGUUUAAGUGGCUUAAAUCUGCUGUUUCAUCUUCUGAGAAGGAUUAUGAGCAGAUUCAGAGGAAGACGAAUGAUAUCCAAACAGAAUUACAUGAUGAAAACAGGGGUGAGAGACAGAAGCUUGAGGAAGAGCUCAUGAAAUUGAAUGCCCAACUUGCUGAGCUGACAUCUGAGACUGGAGAGGCUGCAAUACUAAGGCUCCAGGACGAAAUAAAGAACUGCAAAAACAUUCUCAAAUGUGGGGUCUGUUUCGACAGGCCAAAAGAGGUUGUAAUUCUCAAGUGUUAUCACCUGUUUUGUAAUCAAUGCAUCCAAAGAAAUUUAGAGAUUCGCCAUCGGAAGUGCCCUGGAUGUGGAACUGCUUUUGGUCAGAAUGAUGUUCGCUUUGUGAAGAUAUGAAUUGAGUUUUCAGUUUCGAUUGAGGAGGGAAUCAAAAAAUCAAACUACUCCAGUUUCUUUUGGGCAAAAAAAUAAUGGCAUUUAUGGUAUCCUGAGGUUAUCGGUUCUGUAUAUAUCUGUAUAUACACACAUAUAUAUAUGUAUAAGUUCACAGUAUUUACCUGUGAAUAUUUACACGGUAAAUAGCUCACCCAGGUAAAUUAUCAGUCUUUUAAUGAAAAUAGUAAAUAUAUAUAAACUGUAUACCAAACAGAAUAUAGUUUAUUUUCUUGUGUACCGUCGUAAUUUGAGUUUGUUUCGAUUUGUUUUCGGAAACAAAAGUUAACAACAGGUGUCUGCUGUCUUUGAGCUUAAUAAUGUUCAGUUUUGAUGUUGCGUAAA